AGGGCCUGAGGCAAGAGCUGUUUCCCAGGCCCGGGAAGCAGCAGCAGCAGCAGCAGCAGCGGGAGGGGGCUCUGCGCGGACUCCGGCACAGGGGAGGGAAGGAGGUGGGAGCACUCGCCCGGGCGAAGUGAGGCGAUGCUGGGAGUCGGCACAGCGCUGAGGGAGCGAGCCUGAGCGAGAGAGGGAGAUGCGCCGGCCUCGCAGCGUCGCCAGCUUCAGCGGCCGACGCAGCUCAGCCGGGGCUUGAGUAGGUAAACUAGUCCAUGGGUAAAGUUGGGAAGAUGUGGAACAGCUUCAAAUACAGAUGCCAGAAUCUUUUCAACACUGAAGGUGGAAACAGAAGUGAAAAUAUAGACGCAAGCUCUAAUAGUUCAUCUUUAAGAGAUAAAAGUGUUUUUGUUUCUGAACCUGCUGAGCAACAACCAAGCAGCCCUUUAAGAGACGUUUCCUUACAACUGAGUCUAAAUCCUUCAAAAAGCUCUGUGAGGAAAAAUCAAAACUGUGCGACAGAAAUCCCACAGAUUGUGGAAAUAAGCAUUGAGAAAGAGGGUGACUUGGGUGUUGUUCCAGGAGCUAGACUUGCUCGAAGGGAUUCCUACUCACGACAUGCACCAUGGGGAGGUAAAAAGAAACAUUCCUGCUCCACAAAAACCCAGAGCUCGUUAGAGAGUGAUAAAAGAUUUGGCCGUUCUCGUUUGCAAAGGAGGGAGCGACGAUAUGGUGUAAGUUCUGUUCAUGAUACAGAUAGUGUCUCAAGCAGAACUGUCGGGAGUCGUUCGCUGCGGCAAAGGUUACAGGACACUGUUGGCUUAUGUUUUCCUAUGAAAACAUACUGCAAACAAUCGAAACCUCUCUUUUCCAACAAGAGAAAGAUCCAUCUUUCUGAACUAAUGUUAGAAAAAUGUCCCUUUCCUCCUGGGUCGGAUUUGGCCCAAAAAUGGCAUCUAAUAAAGCAGCACACAGCUCCAAUGAGCCCGCACUCAACUCUCUUUGAUGCAUUUGAUCCUCUGGCUUCUACAGAAGAUGAAGAGGAUAGACUCAGAGAGAGACGGAGGCUUAGUAUUGAGGAAGGGGUUGAUCCUCCUCCCAAUGCUCAGAUACAUACCUUUGAAGCUACUGCGCAGGUUAAUCCUUUAUAUAAACUAGGACCGAAGUUGGCUCCUGGCAUGUCAGAACUGACAGGAGACUGUAGUUUGACAGCACAGGGGAGCUGUGACCUGGAAGAAGACACAACUACACUCUGCUUACAGUCACGUAGACAAAAGCAACGCCAGAUGUCUGGAGAGAGCCACAGCCACAUCAGCAGACAAGGAGCUUGGAAAGUACACACCCAGAUUGAUUACAUACACUGCCUUGUGCCAGACUUACUUCAGAUUACUGGGAAUCCAUGUUACUGGGGAGUAAUGGACCGUUAUGAAGCUGAAGCACUUCUGGAAGGGAAACCUGAAGGCACUUUUUUGCUCAGGGAUUCGGCUCAGGAAGACUACCUCUUCUCUGUGAGCUUCCGCCGUUACAACCGAUCUCUGCAUGCACGCAUUGAGCAGUGGAACCACAACUUCAGUUUUGAUGCUCAUGACCCCUGUGUAUUUCACUCAUCUACUGUAACAGGGCUUCUAGAACACUACAAAGAUCCUAGUUCUUGCAUGUUUUUUGAACCAUUGCUUACAGUUUCACUAAACAGGACUUUUCCUUUCAGUUUGCAAUAUAUCUGUCGUGCAGUAAUCUGCAGGUACACUUCAUAUGAUGGGAUUGAUUGUCUCCCUUUGCCAUCAAUGUUGCAGGACUUUCUAAAGGAAUAUCACUAUAAGCAAAAAGUUCGAGUGCGAUGGUUGGAACGGGAACCAGUUAAGGCAAAGUGAACAGAAUUCACAGUCCCCAGUAAGCUCACUAAAAUCUGUACUUUUUGUGUGCGUUACAGUAGAACUGCAACACACACAUCAGUGUUUAGUUUGGGGGGUGGGCGAUAUUGUACUUUUAGCCUAUUGUGUUUACGAGUGUGUCAGAUGCUGCCUGCAAUUAGUCAAGCCUAGUUGUGAAUACCUCUUGAAAAAUAUGCAGAACACAAAAUCACAUGUUUGUUUUUAAAAGCAGUCUUUUAGGUCACAAUUUGCCAAUUCCAAUAUAUUAUUUCUACUACAGUUCCUGUAGUAAUAAUGUAAGGCAGCUAUUGGGCAUUGACUUCAAUUUACAUUCAUUUUCACGAUUCAGAACAAAGUAGAUUGUUGGCUUUUUCUUUGUUUGGUUUGGAUAUGAGCACUUGAAUGCCAACACUUGUGUUGCAGUAGAGUUCCUUUCUCAGCAAAACAAUCACUACCUUUCAAAGUUCAGUUCUUACCUUAUUCUAGUUUUCACAUUAAGGCUAUUUUAAGAAGAAAAAUCAUGAGCAAAAAGGGAAACUGUGCCAUCACCUAGCAUUUCUAAAAAUCAAUCAUGUACAUUAAUGAGCACUUACACACAUCUACUCUGUUAGCAAAACUAAUUCUAAAUAGGGCUGUCUCCCAGUUGAAGACAUUUUCGUGAAUUAAUCAUGUGAGAGACGAUUAAUCCAUCAGCAAAAUCUGCAUACCAUUUCAUAUGACUGAAAGUGUAGCUCGACAAGAAGGAGCAUUUUGUAUUGAUGCCUGUGUCAUAUCUUAAGAGGCAUUCUCUGCUACUGCCCUUCUUAAUCUGGUGCCUUCCAGAUAUGUUAGACUAUAGUUGCUGUAAUCUCCAGCCAGCCUGGCUGAUGCUGGUUGGAGAUGACAGAGGCCAGAGCUAACACACUGAGGAAAGCUGCCCUGCUGUAUGACGCAGAAGGGGGAAUGCCUCUUCUAAGGUGGCAUGCGCAACCUAUAUGCAUACUUAAAGUAACUUAUAUGUUUUUUCAAAUCUGUUCAAUUGGGUCACCUUCAGUCCAUCAAAGGCGUUUGUAAUCAAUUAAUUUCAACCUUGCAGCCCUAGUUUUACAAGCAAGUGUCGGUACAUUUGAGUACACACAAAUGGUUUCAGUUCCUCAUAACUAAGCCAACUACUACAGUUGGGGUACUUGUGAGGCUCUCCUCUGCUCAACCAUAUGAAACCUGAUAGUAAUUACUAGAAUGCUGCAUUAACUCAGCAAUUAUCCAAGUAAUUCACAGACCACUAGUAGUCCAUACUUUCUGUAUGAAAGAAAGAAAGCUACUUUCUGCUGGUCUGUGGAAUGGUUGUGGAACAGUCAAGGAUAUCUGCACUUAGCUCUGCGCAUGAUUUAUUUUUUUCUGAGGACAGAGAUUAAGGUCAUUUUAACUAGGGCUGGAUUAUUAAAAGGCUAACAAGGUCCUGGCUGAGGACCUGUGGUUUGCAUAUCAGCACUGGUGCAGUCUCCUUAUUUUUCCAUAAACAUUCUCCACUUAAAGGGCUUUUUAUUGGCCUUGGCUUAUGAUACCCCUAAUAUGAUGUGGGAUUUGACUUUGCCAGUGCUGAAAGAAAAAUGUUAUAAAAAUGAGUCAUGUGCUUUAAUUUGUAAAAAAGAAAAAAUGCUGGGGGACUCAGAUGCUCACUUAUUAAACUUUUUUUGUUCAAGCGCUCUACAAAAAAAGUUAAUUGCUUUAUUAACUGAUUUUUAAUGGUUCAAACAGUACAGUAUUUUAACCAUCUGCUCAAAAUAGUAAUGGCCACCUAGCUUAGUUAUCACUUCAAGCUGAUCUCAAACAGUUAAUGUUCUGUCCCACUUCUCUUUCCCUGUUCCCCUUCCCUACUCAGUGCAUCAGAAGUAAACUUUCUGGCUUUAUAGGUACUGUUGUAUUUGUAAACUGUGUAGCACUAUGGGUUUUUUUUUUUAGUAACUUGUAGAUUGUGUUCCUCCUUGAGCAAAAUACUUUUGAAAGCUCACUCUUUUGCUUUCCUUUGUUUUCUUUGUGGACAGAACAUAACCUGUUUUGUCCUAGCUGUGUUUGCACUAAAAUUUAUGUUGGACUACAGAGUCCCUUGUUUUUUUUUUGCUUUUGUAUCUCGUACCAAUGAGUAGUGCUUCUAGUUUCUUAACCAGUUGCUGCAGUAUGUUCUUCUCCAUGGCAAUGACUGUGAGGUAUGGAAACUUCAAAGCUGCAUAUACAAGAAAAGUUAUACUUGUAUGCCAACACUAACCAGUUUAUCAAUAUGUGUGUUUUUCCUCAGCUUGCUGUGCCUUGUUACAGCUUUUUCGUGCUAAUAAAGUACAGUAUUUUCAGUGUUAUACUUGUAUAUUUGCUCUUUUAUAUUUGCAUAACUUCUAUUGUAACAAUAUUAGGUAAGUUUUGCCAUAUAUUUAUAGUAUAGUUUGCUUAAAUGUGCAGUUUAAUAAUUUCUUCUUAGAGCACCAGUUCUUGGUAUAAACUCAUUUUCCUGUAAUGCCAAAAUACUGAUCUUUCCAAGUAAUUCAGGCUAUCUUAGUCAUUCCAUAUAUUUAUUUCAUUUUUAUGUAGGCAUAUUCUGUGUAGGUCAAUGUGGGUUGUCCAUGCAAUAUACUCAACAGAACUAGAACAAAUCACAACUCCCUGAUUAUUAGGCCUGUAAUAGGGACUGUAUAUUAUAUCUACACUUCACUUUUUUAGGUCUGUACUUACACAUAUAUCUAAUACACUCCAAAUACCUCUAAAUUAUACAAUGUAAAUUGAUGGCUCUCAGUAGUAACUGCAGAACUGCAGAAUACCUGUAGCUACACAAAAAUGAGCACGUGUCAGUUUGAGUGGCUACUUCUAAAAUGGCAAAUUAUGUACUUAGCCCUUAGAAUACCCAAAAUAUUCUGGGUAAUAAAUAUUUUUAAAAGCAUAUAUAGAUCACCCCAUGUACACCCAGAUAGUUACACUCAUGGCUGUGCACACAUACUUUAUUAAAAUAUGUUGCACAAGAUGUCUCCUUCAAAGACAGUUUAAUGCCUUUGAAUUAAUGUAUCUGAAUAAUUUUAACUUUGGUUUAUUUGGGAAAGUUUUCUAGAAAGACUUGCUUAAUGUGAGCCUAAGAACAGGUGGCAUUGUUGGAUGAAAUUGCUUACUUGCCAUGUAUGACAGUGGAGAAGUGUGUUGCUUAUACUGGCCUUCUCUAAUUUGUUGGCUGUUGUGUUAGACUAUAACCUCCAUCAGCCGACAUGACCAGUGGCUGGUUGGAUUAUGAGAAAUGUAGUCAUACACCUCUGGAGGUCACCAGAUUGGGGAAGGGUAGCUUGUAUCUUUCAUCUUAAUCAGGAAUAAUAUUUUGUUAAACUCACUAACAAAGGGAAAUCUAUUGGAUCAUUGAUUUUAAAAAUGAACUUGAAUAUAUGGUUUCAGCCAAAUGGUUACCCAGUUUCAUGGGAGUAAGCUCAUUGAAUUCAGUGGGUCUUAGUGUGAAUGGAUAUGUACAGGAUGACUGUGUUCAUAUUUCAUUGCAAAUUGCAUUAAGGACCAGUGUUAAAAUACUUCGCUGACACAUUAUUUUAUUAUUGAUUUAGAUGUUAACCAUUUUCUAAUGUAUAUAAUGCUCCUAAAUCUUGGCACUGGUUCAGAUAUUAGGAUAUUGCUCCUGCUAUGGUGGAAGCAUGGGCAUAUGCCUGUCCUUUUGCACACAAUUUAUGUGAAGCAAUGGAGGUCUGUACAAAUGGUAUCCUGAUUUCUGUGAUUCUUUCCUCUUGACCUGGGGCAGUGUUAGGGUUAGAGAUAGGGAUAUGUGCAUCAAACAAAUGCAUGGAUGGUGCUUUUGUACAGACAGCCUGCUGUGCCCUGUGUGUUUGGGAGGCGUGUGUGCCUCUCUCCAAGGGACUAACUCUAUCAUAGGAGUGGACAUCUGAGAGGAAUGGGAGUUUUUCCUCCUAUACCACACGAUUCUGCUUUGGAGGGUCCCCCAACCUUCUGGAACAGAUUUGGGAUGGUGAAAUUCAAUCUUCCAUCUAUUUCCUCUACACUCAAGUAAGAGCACUAUUGAUGCAACUCAAAGAUUGCCAAGUUGUAAGUGGCUAAACCUGGCCAGAGGGGUUUUUGUUUCUAAACCAAAGACCUUGAAGGGACAUGUCUGUUACAUAAAGCUUGUAAUCCAAGCAACAACCACUAAACAGAAGUGUCUUAAACAUAACCUGCUUGAAUAUAUAAUGUAGUUUCACAGAACUUGAAAAUGAAGAUAAUUUAGCAGCAUCUCUUCAUUGCUUUUUGAAUGCAAUAUAGCUUCAACAUACAGAAUUGUGCAGUAUUACUACUCAUGACCAAAAGACAGCUAUACAUUUGAAAGCUAUGAAAAGAACUUCCCUUACAUUCCUGGAGAGCACCUUAAAAUAUUACUUGGAAAACUCAUUACACUUGAGCUCGGGGAUGGGGGCAGGGGAAUCACAGUUCUGGGAGCCAGCAUAAACACCUGACUUUUACCAGACAUUUGGGGCUUUCUUCCCCUUUUCAUUGGCAUUAACUGUUAUCAAAUGUUAUCAGAUUUCCAUUUUGGAAUUUCUGACUGUUCUGAGAAUGUAAGUACUUCUCACUAAUGUUAAAUACAAGCAUGUGAUAAAUGUUGGGUUUGUGUGUGGGGAUGUGUAACUGCAUAUGCAACCUUUUUAUGUUUACAUUGCUCUAAAAUUAGUUGUUUGCAUUAAAAAAAUAACCAUAAUGAAACAG